UUUGAGGAGGUGGAGAUGGGCGAAAUCAUCAUGGGGAACAUAGCGCUGACUCGGUACACGCGGCCCACGCCGGUGCAGAAGUACGCUAUCCCCAUCAUCAUCGGCAAGCGCGACCUCAUGGCCUGCGCGCAGACCGGCUCCGGCAAGACGGCCGCCUUCCUGGUGCCCAUCCUGAGCCAGAUCUACCUGGAGGGUCCUGGAGAGGCUCUUCUGGCCGCCAAGCAGUACCCGCUGGCCCUCGUGCUGGCGCCCACGCGUGAGCUGGCCUCCCAGAUCCACGAGGAGUCGCGCAAGUUUGCGUACCGCUCGCGCGUGCGCCCCUGCGUGGUGUACGGCGGCGCGGACAUCGGGCAGCAGAUCCGCGAGUUGGAGCGCGGCUGCCACCUCCUGGUGGCCACUCCGGGCCGCCUGGUCGACAUGAUGGAGCGCGGCAAGAUCGGCCUCGAGUUCACCAGGUUCCUGGUGCUGGACGAGGCUGACCGCAUGCUGGACAUGGGCUUUGAGCCCCAGAUCCGUAAGAUUGUGGAGCAGGACGUGAUGCCCGUCAAGGGCGAGCGCCAGACCCUCAUGUUCAGCGCCACCUUCCCCCGGGAGAUCCAGAUGCUGGCGCGGGACUUCCUGGAAGAUUACAUCUUCCUGGCGGUGGGGCGUGUGGGCUCCACGUCGGAGAACAUCACCCAGAAGGUGGUGUGGGUGGAGGAGGACGACAAGCGCUCCUUCCUGCUCGACCUGCUCAACGCCGCCGAGGUGGAGUCCCUGACGCUGGUGUUUGUGGAGACUAAGCGCGGUGCCGACGCGCUGGAGGGCUUCCUCUACAAUGAGGGCUACCCCUCGACCAGCAUCCACGGGGACCGCUCCCAGCGCGACCGCGAGGAGGCGCUGCACCACUUCCGCUCGGGGAAGUGCCCCAUCCUGGUCGCCACCGCCGUGGCGGCCCGUGGGCUGGACAUCUCGAACGUGAAGCACGUCAUUAACUUUGACCUGCCCAGCGACAUCGAGGAAUACGUGCACCGCAUCGGCCGCACGGGGCGCGUGGGCAACCUGGGCCUGGCGACGUCGUUCUUCAACAUGAAGAACUCGAGCCUGGCGCGUGACCUCAUGGACCUGCUGGUGGAGGCCCACCAGGAGGUCCCCACCUGGCUGGAGGGCGUCGCCUACGGCCAGCAGAGCCGCAGCGGGGCCUGGGGCGGUGGCGGCCGCGGCAAGAGGAGCGGUGGCGGAGGGGCGUUUGGCGGCCGUGACUACCGCACCACCCACGGACCCCCCGGCGGUGGGGGGCGCAAGGGCGGCCCCAGCCCCGGCGGGGGGAGCAGCCGCGGAGGCUCAGGCAGCUUCGGCUUCUCCGAUGGAGGGAGCUACAACAGAUCCCGUGGUUCCUCGGUCGACUGGUGGGACAACUGAGGAGGGGGACACAGCCACAGCUACAGCCGCGGCAACAGCCCCAGUUACAGCCGCGGCAACGGCUACGGCCGCGGCAACGGCCACCCCUCGGCAACGGCCGCGGCAACGGCCACCCCUCGGCAACAGAUAUCCCCCAGCAACAGCCGCGGCAACAGCCGCAGGUACCCCCCGCAACAGCUGCAGUAGCAACGACAGCUCCCCCAGGAACAACCACAGCAACAGCUACCCCCAGCAGCGCAACCAUGGCAACAGCUCCUACCCCGGCAACAGCUCCUACCCCGGCAACAGCUCCUACCCCGGCAACAGCUACCACAACCACCCUCUCACAAACACCAGAGCACACGGUCAACCACACCGCCCUUCACCCCCAGCCUGGUUCCCAUCACCAGCCUGGUUCCCAUCACCAGCCUGGCUCUCAUUACACAUCACCAGCCUGGCUCCCAAUCCUCUUCUAAUUGCUUGAAAGAUGCGGAGCACGGCUCUCCCCGCACUCCCUUCUCCCCCCGCUCCGCGUCGCUUGUCCAGUGCUGAGCGAUCACUUUGGCUGGAUUUAUGACCCCCAACGCACGUACACACAUACACGCACGCGCACAAAGACAUAGAUCCCAUCUAAAGCCUUAACAGACCUUUUUGGGGCAAGUGCUGUUAGCGAGCAACCCCCCCCUGGUGUGCCGUGCCCGCCUUCAGUCGGUGCUACUGGCUGGCACGCGCGUACUCGCACGUGAUACCAUCUGCGGUUGCCCAGUCUUGGGCUCGCCACACUCCGCCCCCUCUACAAACCCCACCACCUCUCCAUGCACCUCUACUCCCUCACCACUCGGCCCUAUAAUCCACACACCAACCUGCCCAAGUCACAACCACCACCACCAGUCUCCACAGUCUUUCUCUAAUCUCUCCCGGUCCCCCCCCCUCCCGCAUUGACCCCCACCCCCCUCCCGCGCCCGCCACGCUCGCCCCACCGAGCCGCGGCGCCGGCGACACCGUGGGACCAGGAGAGACGUGGCGGUGGCGGGCGCUGGUGGCGGCGGCGGGUGUUUGCCGUCGCCGCCACCGCUGCCACCGCCCGUGGCCAUUGCCUGAGACGCGUGACGCCGCUUGUCGUCGAAGGCCCCCCCCUCCCCUCCCCGACUGUAGAUUUAACGAUGCGUGACGACGACCGUGACGAGGAUUCUGAAAAGCGUUACAUGGCGCUCCGAAAGCCGGGAUCGGUGCUGUGUGAACCCCCCUCAACCACAACCACCCCCAACCACUCCCGACACCCCAGGGUGGCGGGCGGGGGGGGGUGGACGAUUCCUGGCACCCAGUGGAGGUGACGACACCUGGGGGGUUGGGAGGGGGGACAACUCCCGGCACACUUUCCGUAUUGGCGGAUCCACCGCUGGGUGAUGAGGAGCGGGGGGAGGCAGUCCUCCGAUGGUAGCCAUAGGCGGAGCGAAGGUUUUGUGUUAAUGAAGGAGAGGGGGGGGGCACUCGACUGCCCUGUCCCCCCUUGCCCCCACCUACCCGCCCCCUCGGCGGUGGUGACGAUGACGAUGAUGAUGACGACGAUGUUGUUAUUGUUUGUUUCUUACGAAGCCGCUUUUAUUUACGUGGUCCCCCGCCCCAUGUCGUCGCCCUGUUCUCGCUCGUGGUUUUAACUAGAGAAAUUCAAUAAAGAGACGAUCGCUCA